AUGAUCCACAGUUCAAAGUCUCGAAGAGAAGAUGAAGAAUCAGUUGUAUCAGAAGUAAACGUCGAAGAUGACGAACAAAGCAACCCGCGCAAUAAUUAUUCCGAGUCGUUUUUGGAAGACGGACAUGGAUUCAUUUUUGGAUCGCAGGAACAAAAACUCAUUUAUGAUGGAUUAUUAUUGAAAUAUCUAAAUGGUGAGAUUAAGUCCCUUAGUGAAGUGUGCCGACUUGUAAAAGAACAACUGGGACUCGAAAUCUCUGCUCCUACACUUUCACGGCGUUUGCGGCAUAUAAACCGCAGUGCAGAAACAAACGAAGAACAGGAAAGAAAGAAGAAAAUGGGCGUCCUGCAUGGUUACACAAUAAUUCAACGUAAUCUCUCCAGUCGUUAUAAUGCCUCAUUGCUGGCUGUAAUGGAUGAUAAAACAAAGGAAAUUCGUCAAUAUGCAUAUAUGAAAAGUUCUGUAGAUGGACGUAAAGAAUAUUACCGAUGCAAUCGAUGUUUAAAAGCGAAACGGAAACAUGGGGCAGGAGCACAAGCUUCCAUUAUGGUUUAUGAUGGUGAAUUAAUUGGUGAUAAAGCACCUGAACAUCAUGUCGAAUGUGAACCAGUACCUUAUGAUGAAAUUGCUUUAUUAACCAGUCAGCGAGAAACUCGCGCAUACGAACGAGAGGAAAACGAGGUGAUGCGACAAGUGUUGAGAAAUAGAGUGAUCAUGAAACAGGGAGAAAUGUUAGAACCAGUGCAGUAUCCUUCAGGAACUGAGGGUGAGGAAUUACCAGAAUACGACGAAUCUAAUAGUGCUGGAUCUGUUGAUUCACAGAGGCAAAUAAUUGGAGAGAAAAAAAAGCGAAUGGAACGAAUUUUGUCAGCUGUUUUACUUCUUCUUGACGAACUUGAUGCGGAACAUUUAUUAACAGUUAUUGAAGAGGCACAGUUUCGUGUUGCAGAAUCGCCUAAAAGAACCAUAUUAAGGUGA